CAUGCGUUAACUUUCCCAACUCCACCAACCAAAUUCAACUGAGAAGAAAGCAAAAAAGCAAAAACCCAAACAUCAAUCAAAACGAUGCCGUCGGAGGCGGAGAGCUCAGCGAUUUCAUCUCCGGCGACGCCGCCGCCUAAUUUCUGGGGCGAGAUGCCGGAGGAAGAGUACUACACAUCCCAAGGUGUGCGUAACAGCAAAUCCUACUUCGAAACACCCAACGGCAUGCUCUUCACUCAGAGCUUUCUUCCUUUGGACGGCGAGAUCAAAGGCACGGUUUACAUGUCUCACGGUUACGGAUCCGAUACGAGUUGGAUGUUCCAGAAGAUCUGCAUGAGCUUCUCCACUUGGGGUUACGCUGUUUUCGCCGCCGAUCUUCUCGGUCACGGCCGUUCCGAUGGAAUCCGCUGCUACAUGGGUGAUAUGGAGAAAGUUGCAGCAACAUCAUUGUCUUUCUUCAAGCAUGUUCGUUGCAGCGAUCCGUAUAAGCAUCUCCCUGCAUUUCUCUUCGGUGAAUCGAUGGGAGGUCUUGUCACGCUUCUCAUGUACUUUCAAUCCGAGCCUGAGACUUGGACCGGUUUGAUCUUCUCGGCUCCUCUCUUUGUUAUCCCGGAGGAUAUGAAACCAAGCAAGGCUCACCUUUUUGCAUACGGCCUCCUCUUUGGCUUGGCUGAUACUUGGGCUGCAAUGCCUGAUAAUAAAAUGGUUGGAAAAGCUAUCAAGGACCCGGCAAAGCUCAAGAUCAUCGCUUCUAACCCGCAAAGAUACACAGGGAAGCCUAGAGUGGGAACAAUGAGAGAGUUACUGAGGAAGACUCAAUACGUGCAGGAGAAUUUCGAGAGAGUAACUAUACCGGUACUUACGGUGCACGGCACAGCGGAUGGAGUUACAUGCCCUACAUCUUCAAAGCUACUAUACGAGAAGGCAUCAAGCGCUGAUAAAACUUUGAAGCUGUACGAAGGAAUGUACCAUUCACUGAUUCAAGGAGAGCCCGACGAGAACGCUGAGACUGUAUUGAAGGAUAUGAGAGAGUGGAUCGAUGAAAGGGUUAAGAGGUAUGGAUCUAACUAAAUCGACCUACGUUUGUGCAGAGAAAUGUAUAUUGAUACUAUAUGAUCCAUAUCUUUUGAUUCGACUUGUUUUGUCUGUUUGUGUUAAGAACAUGACUUUGUGAUGUAAUAACUUAUGUAUCAUGGAUUACGGAAAUCAUAAUUUUAUCAUUUCUAGUAUUUUGGAUUAA